UUGCUUUGGCCCGACGAUUGAUAAGUGUUCUCAGUGCAAGCACGAUCAACAACAAGAACUGAGCAACGAAUUGGCUCCAUGCAUGAAGUUGACAGAACGGCGUCUGUCGGGGCGGUCUGUACAAGAUUGGGAGCCAGCGGAAGAGAAUGCGAAGAAUUUAAAUGUCCUAAACAAGAGGUCUGCGCGAGGUGAACAGAGAAGAGUGUUCGUGCAAAGUUCAAAAGGGUUACUUUGUGUGAAAUGCGAAGAGUCUAUGGUGCUUUGUCUAUGGUGGGAACGUGGUGAGGAGGAAGGUUGGCGUGAUUCGGAGUGCUCAGGGACCAG